ACAUUCAAAAACAAAAACAACAGUUUUGUCACAAUAGUGCAAUAAAUUUUCUAAAAAUGAUAAAAAAUUGCUUGUUCUUGCUUCUAAUCACGAGCAUUCUGAUUGUGGAAACGGCCCAAAUCACCAAAGACAAGGACAACCCGUCGAUAAACCAACCGAACGAUUUCAACCCACUGGGACCGCUGGUCAAGUGUUCGUUUCUGCCGCUCGAAUUCAUGGACUGUGACGAACCGGUGGAUCACAAGGGAAACCGUACGGCCAAAGAGGAACUAGGCCACGGCUGUGUGAAAUUCGGCGGUGUCUAUUACGAUGCCGUCGAGACCACCCGCGUAAAGUGCGUAGUGUUCGACAAUAUUGAAUGUUCGGAACCACGGGAGUUUAUGCGGGACGGGUUUCCCUGCGUUAAGUACACGGAUCAUUACUUCGUGACGACACUGUUGUACAGUAUACUGUUGGGAUUUCUCGGCAUGGAUCGAUUCUGUCUCGGUCAGACCGGUACGGCCGUCGGGAAGUUGCUUACACUGGGAGGCGUCGGUAUCUGGUGGAUCGUCGAUAUCGUGCUGCUAAUUACGAACAAUCUGCUGCCCGAGGAUGGAAGCAACUGGAACACGAAGGUCUAGCGGAGGGAGAGUUAAUGCGGCGAUUGAAUAGAGGGAACAGACUGAUCGACGAUGGGAAUAGAGGACAUGUUUCAAUAGUAUGUACCACUUUCGCCAUUUAAGCAGGUUUGGAAUAGAAUGGCUUUGUCGGUGGCAAUAUCGUGAAAUAUUCUGCGCUACAGUACUUCAGAGCUGAAUAGUUUUCGAAAGUAUCCAAUUACAAUACAUGAAGAAUCAGAAAGGCUAUCAUUACUGAUCUAUUUAGGGCGGGUUUCAGAUCUACAAGAACAAUAAACUUCGAAUGGUAUAUUUGUUAAUUCGUUCGAACUCACGAAUGGUCUUGUGUGAGUUGCUACGAACAGUGAAGUGAACCAAAGGUUCCCUAUGCGA